AGCACCACGGACAGAGCACAGAGCGGCGCCCGACCACUGCCUUUCUCCUUUUUUACACCAGCCACCCUUUCACUAGCCACAAGCUAGUGAGAGCGCAAAGAAACCCUCGAACCCGUAUCUCUUGCGCUGAGGACCAAAUGCACAUCUUCAUAUCAGCAUCCGUUCCAUAGUUGCCUACCUACCGCCUGCGCAGCAGAGAGACUGGCGAUUCCUUGACAAUGUCAAGGUGUGCGGAUAUUCUGGCUUGAUUAACGCCUUUUCUUUUCUUGGAUUGUACGGUGUUGUGUUUUUUAACCGCAUUUUUCCAAGAUGGUUAAUAAGGUUUCACCUUGAUGUGCACCAUAUCAAAGGAAUUAGCUGUUACUGUUAAAGAAGCCAUCACUGCUGUGCUAUUAUUUGUUUCAUUGACUGGAGGAAAAAUAUCAAGCACUAUUGACCCAGCUGAGAAGAAGAGCUAAGUGCCCAGAGAGAAUCUGCUCAGAUCAACUCCUAAUCCAUCCAGCACGUACCUUCCUAUCAGGACCUACCGUGGCAUUAGAUGCCUGAGAGGAACCCACGCUUGUAGCCAGGGUCUCCCAGCUCAGAAGCAUUGAGGCCCUCAGGAUCUCCCCUGCCAUUCUCUCUGGUCUGUCAUCCACUAACGAAAUUGCUACUCGGUCACCAUGGGAACCGUUCUGUCUCUCUCUCCCAGCUACAGGAAGGCGUCCCUCUUCGAAGAUGGGCCAGCCACGGUGGGCCACUACACAGCUGUUCAGAAUAGCAAGAAUGCCAAAGACAAGAACCUGAAGCGUCACUCGCUCAUCAACGUUCUGCCAUGGAAGCGCAUCGUGGCAGUGUCAGCCAAGAAAAAGGGCUCCAAGAAGGUGCAGCCCAACACCACCUAUCAGAAUAAUGUGACCCAUCUCAACAACGAGAACCUGAAGAAGUCUCAGUCCUGUGCCAACCUGUCCACCUUCACCCAGGACCAGAGCACCCCAGCCCUCGUCAAGAGCUCCAACAACGCUGUCUCGUCGGUCAAGAAGGCCCCCCUGACCAACUCCAAUGCGGCCCCCGGCACGCCCAAAAGAGUGAUCGUCCAGGCCUCCACCAGCGAGCUGCUGCGCUGCCUGGGUGAGUUCCUGUGCCGGCGCUGCUACAGACUAAAGCACAUGUGUCCCACCGACCCGGUCCUGUGGCUGCGGAGCGUGGACCGCUCGCUGCUCCUCCAGGGCUGGCAAGACCAGGGGUUCAUCACCCCGGCCAACGUGGUGUUUGUCUACAUGCUGUGCCGCGAUGUGGUAUCCUCCGAGGUGGCAAACGAACAUGAGCUGCAGGCCGUGCUGCUCACCUGCCUCUACCUGUCCUACUCCUACAUGGGCAACGAGAUCUCCUACCCACUGAAACCCUUCCUGGUGGAGAGCUCCAGGGACAUCUUCUGGGACCGCUGCCUGUCCAUCAUCAACCUGAUGAGCACUAAGAUGCUUCAGAUCAACUCGGACCCGCACUAUUUCACCCAGGUGUUUGCCGACCUGAAGAACGAAAGCCAGAAGGAGGAGGAGAGGAGCCGCUUGCUCAUUGGUCUGGACCGGUGA